AUGCCGCAAAACUGUUGUGUGCCAAACUGUACCAAAAAGAAGUGCAGAACCGAAAGUGGGGAGAAAAUUUCUUACUUUAAAUUUCCGGAGGACACUAUCCUCAAAAAGCGUUGGCUCCAUGCCAUUCGUCGAGACGAAGGAAAAGAGUUUAGAGUCAGCGAAAACACGAAGAUCUGUUCUCGUCAUUUUAAGCCCGAGGACUUUGUUAAAGCUGCUGGAGGUCAGCGUGUUUAUGUAAAGGCAGGGGUAAUUCCAUCUCCAUUUUCGUGGUCCAAAGCAGGUUCUCCGAAAAAGAGAGCACCUCCUAAAUGUCGCAAUCUUUCUUCUAUAACAGGGUGUUCAAACAAGGAGUUGCAACAAUCUCAAUGUCAAAGUCAAACAACUGCAAAUGCAGCUAAAGCAACUUUUGAAACCUGUACUUCAUCAGCAGCUAUUAGUUAUCAUUAUGUGAAAAGCAGCUUGAAUUCCUGUGGAGAUCAAACGGGAGAAGUUAAAGAACUUGAAAGUAUUCGAGGUUUUGAACUCGAAAAUGCGAACUUAAAAGGUGAAAUAGAGGUAUUAAAACGCCAGUUGAGUCUUAAACUUUCCCGCUUUUUUCAACCACGCAAUUUUACUACCGACGAGGACAUUGCCUUUUAUACGGGAUUUCCUAACUUAGCAACAUUUAAUGCUGUGCUUGAAUUUUUAAAUACUGGAUCGAAAGGAGAAAACGUCAGGUACUGUUCAUCAAAAGAAAGAACUGUCCAAAAGGAGUUUUACGAUGGUGGAAACGAGGAACCAGAGGGAUGUACUAGCAUAGGUAGACGAAGAAGCUUAGAACCCAGAGAGGAGUUCUUCCUUGUUCUGUGCAGACUGAGAAGAGGAUUUUCAGAAAAACAUCUGGCUCACUUGUUUGGUAUUUCACAAUCGACAGUAAGCAGAACAUUCCUUUCUUGGAUUAAUUAUAUNNNNUGUUACAAUUCAACCGACUCAGGAACUUCCCGUUAA